GUUCAGCAUUAUAAGCAGUGGAUAAGAGAGACCAGCCCUAGGGUAUGUUCUAUUCUGAGGUCCCAGUGACGGGCAGGAAGGACAAUGGGAGACAGCUAAAUACUCUGGUGCAUUCUCCUUCCCAGCACUCUGAGCCUCUACGGAACAUCUCCCUCAGCACAGGAAGGGGAAUCUACAUUGCCAAGAUGCCGGAUCAAGUACAAGAGCAAAAGUCGAAGAUCUCUGCCUCCCGUAAGCUCAUGCUAAAGAGCUUAAUGGUGGCCAAGGCGAAGGAGGAGAUUGAGCAGGAGACAGUGGAUAAAGAGGAGGAGAAGGAGAGGUAUCUGGCUGAGAGAGCUCCUCCCUUGCAGACUGGUGGCAUGUCCUUUGCUGAGCUCCAGGAGUUAUGUCAGGAGUUACAUGCUAAGGUUGAUGUGGUGGAUGAGGAGCGAUACGACAUUGAAGUCAAAGUCAUGCACAACACCAGAGAGAUCAAGGACCUGAACAUCAAGGUUCUGGACCUGAGGGGGAAGUUCAAGCGGCCCAACUUGAGGAGGGUGAGGGUCUCUGCUGAUGCCAUCCUGCGCUCCCUUCUGGGCUCCAAACACAAGGUCUCCAUGGACCUCCGGACAAACCUGAAGUCAGUUAAGAAGGAGGACACAGAGAAGGAGAAGACAGUAGAGGUCAGUGACUGGAGGAAGAAUGUGGAGGCCAUGUCUGGCAUGGAGGGCAGAAAGAAGAUGUUUGACGCAGCCAAAGGCCCCGCUCCAUAGACACAGAAGAGAAUACUAAACAUUUGGUUACCUUGUUUCGUGUUUCUUUCAUUUUUAUUAGUCCUGGACAUCUACUUUGUCUUUCAGUGCCAUUAAUACAACUGUUUUAUUCUUAGUUCAGCAUGGUUAAUACAGCACAAGCUGUAGGCUAAUCACAAUUUUAUGUUAUUUUGUUAUGGGUGAAAAAGGGCAUGAAGACAAUUUCUGCUCCUUACUGAUGAUAUUGGCCUGAGAAUAAAUGAUAAAGUAAGGUAAGCCAGCUUUACUUUACAGCUGAAGAUGCUUUAGGUGUUUUGCUUGCUGUACAUUCAUCGUGGCAUGUCCUUCUACUACAAUAAUAAACAUAUUAUUAUUUA